GCCAGAAUAGCAGUUUUAGCUGUUCAAUUUGAUUUCACACUGGAAAAACAAAUUGACCAGCUUUUUGCAUCCAGUACUAAGCUUCUCACCUGGAUCAGGUUGUGUAACCCAGACCAUGAAAAGCCACAAUACGAUGCAUUAAUAGACGAUAUAGCGCCGCCACUAUGCCUCAAUAUGUGGCUUAUCUCGUCAAGUAAAGUCACUCAUCGCCCAGGGAGGAAACGUUGAAAUAGAAGGGGGUUAUAAUAAAAGACCCCUGGCAGCCGCCUGUAGAAAAGGUUUCGCGUCUACUGCCGAGAUCCUCCUUGAUGCCGGCGCCAAUUUCAUGUCUGGAAAAGAUGAUACAGUUACGAUAGAGGCUACAACUUCAGGCGAGGUUGAGGUUGUACAACUGCUUUUAGCCCGGGAAAGGGCUGCAGCUGAAAUUAGCGAGAGCAUGUCUUGGCCAAUCUGUCACAUUAAAGCUCUGAAUGUGGCUUGCAUGCUAUGUUUCACAGAUGUUAUAGAGGAAUUUGGUGUCAAAAAUGAUGAAACAGAUGUUAAUGACAUGACCGCGGACGAUUGCCGCCAGGUACUCCAAAUAGCGGCAGCACAUGGAAGGAGUGAAACAGUUGAGCAACUGUUUGAUCUUGGCGCAAAUAUAGACACUGAGGGUGGGUGGUACGGAACGGCUUUGCGUGCUGCAUCACUAAAUGGGCAUGAACCGGUAGUAAAGAUUUUGCUGAAGAAAGGGGCUGAUCCUAAACUCUAUGGCGGCUCGCCAGGCAGCGCCCUAGGGGCGGCUAUAUUUUUUGAUCGGACUUCCAUCUUCGACUUGAUUCUACAAGAUGGCCGUAUCGACGUAAACAACAACGAAGGCAUGUACGGGAGUCUUCUCCAAGAAGCAGCCUCUGAAAGAAGCUUGGAGUUUGUUCGCAAGUUGCUAGAUAAAGGCGCUAAGAUGAAUGCUGAAGGUGGAUUAUUUCAUACGGCUUUGCAGGCAGCCUCUUUUGAAGGACAUGAGAAAAUUGUCGAAUUAUUAUUAGAGCGUGGUGCAAGGCCCAAUGAUCCUGAAGAGGGACCAGCUGAUGUUGUUUGCGUAACUCCUAACAAUGGAAUAGGCCACGAUAUUAUAUUAUUGCCUUUUGAAAAGGCGGGUCUCAAGCCAUAUGAGUGGAAUGGUGCUGAUUUUGUCAGAAUGGAUAAGCAGCUCAUAAGCGAGCGUUUGAGUGAAGUGCUACGGACUCAGCCAUCAGUUACAAUACAGAAAGGCAUAUGUGGAUCUGCUUUACGCGCUGCUGCAAUAGCCGGGGAUGGGUAUAUUGUGAAAUGCCUACUGAACGCAGGAGCUACGUUUGACGAACACGACCCAGCUCUGCAAAGUGUCUUGAAAAGAGCUUCAUCUUCUGAUGAUCAAGAAAUUGAGCUAGUCAUGAAGAUUCUGGCGAACAAGAAAUCGACUAAUUCCAAGACCGGAUAUAGAACGGUUGAGACGGGACAGACCAGAGCUGAAGACUAUGUGGAAGGCGAUAGAUCUGACUCGGUGCACGGCUCACUCCUGGAAAUUGGAUCUUUCGAAAAACAUCCAAGAAUGUGGUUGAAAUUAUGCUUCUGAAGGAAGGAGAAACCACAGCACGUUUUGCGCUAUUUGCGCCCAUAUAAUCGAUUUUUGCGAUAAGUGCUAGGUACAUCGAAAUGCACAGCGAAUUUUGCGGGCAUUGAUGCUUUCAAUCGGUUUUACUAGCAAACCGAAAGUUGCUGCAGACUUCUUGACAACAAUGGCGAAACAGAGAAUUUCUAGCGAUAUCCGUCUAGAGAAUCCACAUGUAGCUUGGCGAUAUA